AUGUUCUCCCGCAUAUCUAUAUCACGCUGUGCGGUCCUCGCCCAUGCAGCUACACGCUCAAGACCCCUCGCGCGUCCCAUGCUCGCCGCCCAGCAGAUAGUGCGCUUCGAGUCCCAGAAAGCCGCGGACGACGAGGAGAAGAAAAAAUUCCUCGAGACAUUGAACGAUGUGCUGCGAGACUGGGAUGCUAAGAUCUUGGGGUAUAACGACGUGAAGCCCAAGUCCUUGGAGCCGAGCUCGGAUUUCUACAUAAUUGACGUGCGUGAGCCUGACGAAGUUCGGCUGGGUUCCAUUCCCUCUUCCGUCAACCUCCCGCUUUCCGUCCUCGCGGGUGCGCUGCAUCUCAACCCAGCGGCCUUCAAGGCGCUCUAUGGCUUUGACAAGCCAAAGCAGGACCAGGAGAUUAUAUUUUACUGCCGCAGUGGGAAGAGAUCUGGAAGUGCAUGCGAUAUUGCGAAGAGGAACGGUUUCAAAAACCUCGCAAACUAUAAGGGUUCCUGGCUGGACUGGGUCAAGAAGGAAGGGAUCACACCCCCGUCGUGA